AUUCGCGCGCGCGAGAGGGUGGUAGCGCUCUCGGAGAGCGGGAGAGAGUUUGUGGAGCGUCGUCGCUCAGGGCUUGUAUGCAAGAAGUGUGAAGCUGGACAGGCGGACUUGUGUGUAAUCUCGCGGGAGUCGCGUGCGCGCGGGAGCGAAGAAGGUGGAGCAGGAGCAGGAGCAGACGACGGCGACGACGAGUGCCCAGCAGCGCACAGAAGAAAACACACGGACGACCAGCCAGCGAGAGGCCGCUAGUUUUUCUUCUUUUAAGCGGGCAGCAGCAGAAAAACAGCAUUAGUAGAAUAAAACACUUGAACCGAAGAAGACGAACACCGCGAGCAAUCAUCUCUUCUCGUCAUCGUCGAGCAACCUUUUUCAGUUACAGUAGGACCCCUAUAUCAUAAACUCCCACCGCUCGGGAGCGUUCAGUGUGUUCUUUGAUUCAAGUGCGCGCGGGACACCACAAGAACCGACUGAAAUUCCUUCAAAUGAAUUAACGGUAACACACAGUAGUGAAGAACAAACAAAAUUGGAUUAAGAAAAUCAGUGCCCACCGUAAGCGGGAGAAAAGAAUACAGAAACCAAAAUCGUUGUGAUCCGCCUGCCCGUAGAGUAGUGAAAACGACACGAACAACGCACAAGUUUCGAAUUCGUUGUUGGAUUGGGAGCACCAAAAAAAAGAAAGAUAGUGUGAUUUGUUACGAACACGUUUCUCUGGAGUUUUUUUUUUUGCAAAAAAGUUGAAACAAAAGUUUGGAAAAGCAGCUGCACGCGGUGUUAAUCUGAGUGGCCCUUUGGGUGGUUCGAGGCCAUCACCAUCACCAUUGGCGGACGAUCAUUUAGCGAAUACUAGGGUAUAAGAAAACAGUCGCCAUGAUCAGAAGGAGUUCGAGCCUUAAAGGGCUCGAAUCGAUAGCAACCUUUCUUAUAGUGGUCACGAUAGUCGUGACGUCACAAGUUAAUGCUGCACCCAUGUAUGAGAGCGAUCAGACUGACUUAGAGACCUAUGGCGAAUCGGCGGGAUGUUACUAUAACUACAAUCACUACAGCGAAGGCGAUCGUAUCAUGACGAACGAACCCUGCCUGAACUGUACCUGCCACGAUCGUAUGCUUAUGUGUUACCUGCGAGUAUGUCCCUUCACCAAGGCGAUCGGCCAGGACUGCACGAUCGAGAAACGUGAAGAUCAGUGCUGCCCGGUGAUCACCUGCCCGGAAGUGGAAGUGCAACUGGUGGACCACCAAACGACAGCCGGACCCGAUGCUGCUGGCAGCUCAACGGCCGUUGGAUCCCCCGACCAGUAUGGUUGUACCAUCGAGAAUAGGUUCUAUCCGGAAGGAGCUCAAGUGCCAUCUAACCCCCACAAGCCUUGCGAACUGUGCUACUGUAUCCGUAACAUGACCACCUGUGUCAUGCAGGAGUGUACGCUACACAUUGAUGGAUGCCAGCCGAUCUACAACAAGGGCGUCUGUUGUCCAGUACGAUACGAUUGCGAUCACGAUAGGGACGAAUCCGGCCCGAUGCAAUUGGAAGACGAAAUGACUACUACCGUACGCCCGACGCCUGGCUUCAUCCUGACGACCACGAUGUCUCCGGCCAUCUCGACGGACUGUGUCCACAAUGGUGAAACGUACGCCGAUGGUGCCAUGAUCUACACCGACCAGCCAUGCGAACACUGCUACUGCAUGCGCGGAGACAUCGUGUGCGCCGUCCAAGAAUGCGGAACUCCACUAGAGAACGAAGGCAAGAACUGCACAGCACUUCCGCCAGCACCAGGACAGUGCUGCCCGGAUACGUACAUGUGCGACGGAGGAAAGGAAGCCGCUACCACGCUCCGACCGGAAUCCGAUGACCUAGUCACCGAACAACAACAAGCCGCCGCCGCCACCACUACCGCCAAGGCUCCAAGCAGCGACGAAUCUGCCAGCGUGCCAGCCGAUGAUGACGAAGACGUCCACCAUCCUGGUGCCAUGGUCGAUGACAAAUCCGAAAGCGAAGAAGAGACCAGCAUCGAAAUGGAACCAGUGCACGCCGAUGACGAUGAUGAAAGCGCAGAAGAUGAAGAAGCGCAACAACAUCACGAAGCUCCAGAAACGCCAGCUGCCACCACUAGUCAACCAAGCCAAGCCGACGAGAAGGAAGCCACCACUCAGGCCGCCGUUCAAGACGAGAAGGAACCAGAGGCACCAGUCAUCCCUGCUGAAGCCGAUGAAGUUGCCGCCGCUGAAGAACACGACGAAGAACCAAAGGUCACCACAGGCGCAGCCCCUGCCGCUGACGCCAAGCCAGAAUCCGAGAAGGACAACGAAGUCGAAGAACAGCCAUCGGUCAGCCACGACGAUACGCAAGAAGACGCUCACACCACCGAACAACCAGCCGAACCAGAGAAGGACCUCCUGGCACCGACAGUCGCCCCAGCCGAUGACGAACAAGCCCCAUCCUUCACUACCGUAGCAUCGCAGAAGGACGAAGAUGUCCCAGCCGAAACUACAACCGCGUUUGCCUUCACUGCUAGCGAUGACGAUGUCGGUCAAACAACUGAAAGCCGCACGUACCUGCCACCCUUCCGGGACUCGGAAACCACCACCAUCCGCGUCGAUGCUGACGAACCAGCAUACGCCACCACCAUGGCACCUGCCGCCGCCGUUGAAUCCGACGAUAAACCCGAAAGCCUCGCUCCAGAAUCCCCGGCCACAACCAUGAAGACCACGGAAUCCACUACCCUCACCAAGGAACCAGCUCACAAGUACGAAGACAACCUUCCAGAGCAGGACUUUGUCGAACUGCCACCGGCCGAGAUCGUCACCGAGUUGCCACCAAUCCCAACGACCGCUCGCAUUCCGGAGAUGCCCACCGAAGAAGUCAUGACUCAAUCUCCACCGGAAGCCGACUCGCAUGUGUUAGACGAUGCCAUUACCACGUCCGCCCCUGCCGCAGCUGAUGUGCCAGCCGUACCAGCUGAAGAAGAGAAGGACAUUCCAGCCACCGUUGACAUGGACGAACCUGUUGAAAUGAACACGGUCAUUCCCUCGAGCGACGCCAAGGAACCAGAGCAGGAAACCCCAGACAAGAUGUUCCCAGAGGCCAUCCCUGGUGAAGGCGAUUGCUUAGUCGAUGGAGUAACCUACAAGAACAAUGCCCUGAUCCCCGCCAACAACAAGUGCCAGACCACAUGCAAGUGCUCCAACAGCAUUGUACAGUGCGAGAUGGUACAAUGUGCUACCGCCCCAUCGAACGACUGCGCUCCACUGCCGGCCGCUCCUGGCGAGUGCUGCCCAACGUACAAGUGCAACGCCGUCGAACAAGACGAAAGCGCUCCUGAAUCCGACAGCGAAGCCUCCGUCUCCGAAGAAGCCAAGAAACCAACCGAAAGCGCCUCCACCGAAAGCUCCUCGUCUUCCGAUGACACCACCGAAGAAUCCAAGGAAGAAGACGAACAAUCCGAGAGCGACUCCACUUCCGACGACAGCGACGAAGAGGAAGAAUCGAACCAGGUCGAAGAUCAAGGCAAGGUCACCACCCGUCGCCCGGUCACUCCAGUCAAGGCAGAAGAACAAGAUCAGCCAUCCGAAAGCGACUCCGAGUCUUCGGACAGUGAAGCAGACUCCGAUGAAGAUGACGAACCCGUCAAGGUCACCUCCGCCCGGCCAGCGUAUGCUGAACCGAAACCAGAAUCCACCACUGUUGCCAAGGUUACCGACGACGAAACCGAACAAGAAAAGGUCACUUCUGCCCCAGCCUUGGACGAGGUUGUACCAACCGAAGGACAGGCAGUCGAAAAGGAACCCGAGCACGAUGACGAAAAACUGCCAGCUGAGCCUGUUGAAGCUGAAAAAGAGCAAGACGAAGCUACUGCAACCACCACUGCUCCCGCCGCCGCUGACGAAGAAGCCCAUACGACCGUGGCUGCCGUUGCAGCUGACGUCGCUACCGAGGAAGAGGAAGAAAAGCCCUCAGUUGCACCAGCUGCUACCGAAGAACCAGUUGCUCACGACGAAACCACGACCGCUCAAGCCGUUGAACAAGCUGGCGAUGAUAAGGAAGCCGAGCCUGUUGCUUUCGACGUGGAACAGGACGCUGUUCAAGAGCCAUCCAAGCCUGAGGAGGAUAUGCCAGUUGAAGCCGUCGCUGCCACCACAAUGGCCGCCGAGAAAGAUGCGGAACAAGACAUGCCAGCCGUCACCUCUUCCGCACCCGUUCAAGAUGAUGAAGUUCCAGUUGAAGCCACCACUGCCAAACCUGCUGUUGCCCUUGACGAAGCCGAAGAACCAAAACCAGCGGAAGACGAACAACAGAAAGUGGAAGAUUCUCCAGCUACUACCGCCGUGCCUGCUGAAGCUGCUGCUGACGAUGUUGCUGCUCCAACCGAAAAGGACUUCAAACCCGAAAUCGAAGCCACCGAAAAGCCAGAAGCUGAAGCACCAGUGAUGCCUGCCAAGAAGCCAGAACACGACGACAGUAUUCACUUCCCAGAGGACGACGAUGAACAGGAACACGUAGAAGUUCAAGAGACACAGAAACCUGUUGUGCCGAUUGCCGAUGAAACCGAAGAUGAGCAACCGAUUGAGCACGACGAUGGCAUUCGCUUCCCUGUCGAUCAAGACGAAGAAGAGCCAAUCUUCACGCCAGCAGUCGAAGAUCACGAAGAAGACGAGCACAAACCAGUUGACGAUCACAUUCCUGGACAUGUUGACGAACACGAACCGGCCCAGGAAAUGCCAAGCACAAUGCAACCAGCUGCCGACGAAGCAACCACUCCCGAGGCCAGUGUUGAGGAUGCUCAAGCUGAAAUGGACGGCGGUCUAGACGAAAAGAUUGAAGAAGAUAAGCCAGUGGAGCCAACGCGCGAUGAAGUGAUGACGACGAGUGCCCCAGCAGCUGCUGACGACGAGAAGAAACCUUUGGAUGACGAGGAAGCUCAAGUACCAACAACCAGCGCACCAGUCAGCCAAGAUGCUAUCUCUCCCGAAAUGCCACCGGAGGAAGUUCACACUCAAAUGCCGCUAGAGUCGGACGACCAGGUCAAGGAUCACGAUGAAGCGCCAGCCACUCAAGCUGCUCCAGUUGAGAAGGAGCCGCAAGCGGAAACCGAUGCCAACGUGAGCUCUGAAGAAGAACAGGAACAUGUGCCAGUGAGCCAAGAUGCCGAAGCUGAAGACGACGGAAGCAGCGAAGAAGCGAUAGUUCAUGAAGUCCCAGCUCCGACGGCGGAUGAGGAGGAUGAGGAUGAAGAGAAGCCAGUGGAAGCGGAACACAAGCCAGUCGCCGCCGAUGACGAUAAGCCAGCUGAAGAGGAAAAGAAACCAGUUUCGGAUGACGUUGAGAAACCAGUUGAAAUGAAGCCAGUUGCUGCUGCUGAUGAGAAACCAGCUGAGGAAGAUGUGAAGCCGAUGGCUACUGAUGACGAGAAGCCAGCUGAGGAAGAGAUGAAGCCAGUUACUGCUGACGAUGAAAAGCCAGCUGAGGAAGAUAUGAAGCCAGUUGCUGCUGAUGACGAAAAACCAGCUGAGGAAGAGAUGAAGCCAGUUGCUGCUGAUGAUGAGAAGCCAGUUGAAGAAGAGAUGAAACCAGUUGCUGCUGAUGACGAAAAACCAGUUGAAGAAGAGAUGAAACCAGUUGCUGCUGAUGACGAAAAACCAGCUGAGGAAGACAAGAAGCCAGUUGCUGCUGAUGAUGAGAAACCAGCUGAUGAAGAGAUGAAACCAGUUGCUGCUGAUGACGAAAAACCAGCUGAGGAAGACAAGAAGCCAAUUGCUGCUGAUGAUGAAAAACCAGCCGAUGAGGAUGUCAAACCAGUCGCUGCUGAUGACGAGAAACCAACUGAAGAAGAAGUCAAGCCAGUUGCUGCUGAUGACGAGAAACCAGCUGAAGAAGAGAUGAAACCAGUUGCUGCUGAUGAUGAGAAGCCGGCUGAGGAAGACGAGAAGCCAGUUUCUGCUGAUGAUGAGAAACCAACUGAGGAAGAGAUGAAGCCAGUUGCUGCUGAUGACGAGAAACCAGCUGAGGAAGAUGAGAAGCCAGUUGCUGCUGAUGACGAGAAAUCGACUGAAGAAGAAGUCAAGCCGGUCGCUGAUGAUGAUGAGAAGCCAGCUGAGGAAGAAAUGAAACCAGUUGCUGCUGACGAUGAGAAGCCAGCUGAGGAAGAUGCCAAGCCAGUUGCUGCUGAUGAUGAGAAACCAACUGAACAAGCCCAGCCAGUUGCUGCUGAUGAUGAGAAGCCAGCUGAAGAAGAAAUGAUACCAGUUUCCGCUGACGAUGAGAAACCAGCUGAGGAAGAUGUCAAGCCAGUUGCUGCUGAUGAUGAGAAACCAGCUGAAGAAGAGAUGAAGCCAGUUGCUGCUCAUGACGAAAAGCCAUCUGAGGAAGAGAUGAAACCAGUUGCUGCUGAUGACGAGAAGCCAGCUGAAGAGGAAACGAAACCAGUUGCCGCUGACGAUGAGAAACCAGCUGAGGAAGAAAUGAAACCAGUUGCUGCUGAUGACGAAAAACCAGCUGAGGAAGAGAUGAAGCCAGUUGCUGCUGAUGACGAGAAACCAGCUGAAGAAGAGAUGAAACCAGUUGCUGCUGAUGACGAGAAACCGGCUGAUGAAGAUGUGAAGCCAGUUGCUGCUGAUGAUGAAAAACCAGUUGAGGAAGAUGUCAAGCCAGUCGCUUCUGAUGAUGAGAAACCAGCUGAGGAAGAGAUGAAACCUGUUGCUGCUGAUGAUGACAAACCAGCUGUGGAAGAAAGCAAACCUGUAGUUGCCGAUGAUGAUGAGCAAACGACUGUGGCUGCUGAUGAAAUUACCCCGGCGGUUGAUGAGCAGAAGCCAGUUUCUAGCGAUGACGAGAAACCAGUUGAAGAAGAGGAACCAAUUGCUUCCGAUGACGACAAACCAGCUGAAGAAUUGACCCCAGUGUCAGAAGAUGAACAGAAACCAGUUCCAGAAAGUGACGAUAAGCCAGCUGAAGUAGAGAAGACUCCAAUGGAACCAGCGAUUGUUAGUGAUAGCAAACCAACGGAAACUGAGGAUGAGCAGAAACCAGAAAGUGACGAAACAGUUACAACUUCAGCACCAACAACCGAUGAAGAACACAAGCCUGAAAGUGAUGAAUCUACUACAAUGGGUGCUGCUGUUGAAGAUAAGCCAACUAUGCAAGCCGCAGAUGAAGACAAGCUAGAAUCCGAUGAGGAAGAACCAAAGGCAACUACAACUGCUCCAAUGAAGCAAGCAGAUGAAGAACAGGAAACAGUCAGUGCCGAUGACAUGCAACACGAACCAACUGCAGUCUCUGAUGAUGACGAAUCGACAGAAGUGGCCAGUGAAGAUGACAAAGAACAAGAAUCGGUUGAUGACAAGGCUCCAGCGGCGGAAGCUGAUGAGGAUCAAAAGGAAUCUGACGAAGCAGCACCUGCAACCACACCAGCUGCUGAUGAAGAACAGAAACCAGCUGAAGCUGAUGAAGAAGAAAAACCAGCACCAGCCAAGAAACCGGAAACGAUGAUCCCAGAGUUCGAAGCCACUACCGCAGCUCCUGCCAAGGAAGAAGACAUGGCCGCUACUCACAAGCCAGAACAAGAUGAAACCAAGCCAGAAGUUGAAGCCGACGAAGUGAAACCAACCGAAACGCCAUUGAAGGCAGAAGAUGAAGUUGCUUCCGAAGAAGAUGAAGUAGCGCAGCCUACUCCUACCGCUGACGAUAAAAAGACCUCGGAUGAAGCUGAAGAUGACACGCAGCAAGCCACUGAAGCUCCAAUUAAGGAAGCUGAUGAACCACUGGCAGCCACUACUGCUGCUUCAGUUGCUUCUGACGCAGAACAAAAACCAGUUGAAGAUGAUAAGAAACCUGAACUCGAUGAAGCUGAGAAGGAUGAGGAGCAGAAACCAGCUGUUGAACCUGUUGAAGCCGAUGAGGUAGAACAUAAGCCAGAAGUGGAGGCCGACGAAGAAGAGAAGCCAUCCGUGGCUGCUGAAGCUGACGAGGAACAGAAACCAGAAACCGCUACUGAAGCCGAAGAACACAAACCAGAAACCACACCGGCUAUGGACGUUUCUGCCGAGGAAGAGGAGCAGAAACCAACGCCUGCGGCUGAUGUGACUGAAACUGAAAAGGACGAUGAAUCUCCAGUGGAAGCCGAUGAAACAGAAAAACCGGCAGUUGCAAUGGACGAAGAAGAGAAGAAGCCCGUUGAAGCUGAAGAUGAACAAAAACCAGCAGUUGAACCAGUUGAGGCUGACGAAGAAGAAAAGCCUGCUCAGGAACCAGUUGAAGCUGACGAAGAUGAAGAAGUGAAACCUGCUCAGGAACCAACUGAAGCCGAUGACGAGGAACCGAAACCAAUGGAAGAUGCUGUCCCAACUACUGCCAGUCCUGUUGCGGAUGAAAAGAAACCAGAAGAUGACGAACAGAAACCAUCUUUGGAUGAAGAACCCGCUACCGAAACUGCAGUGAAGGAUGAUGAACAAGAUAAGCCAAUCACCGUUGAAUCGGAUGAGGAAGUGAAACCAGCCGAAGCAACUACUGUGGCGCAAGAACAGCAACCAACGACGACGUCUACUCCAGAAAAGGAAGCUGACGAAGAGCAGAAGCCAAUGCCAGUUGAAUCGGAUGAGGAAGACAAACCAGCGCCGGAAGCCGACGACCAAACCAAACCAGUCGAAGCUGAUGAAGAAGAGAAGGCUACCGAAGCACCAGUGAAGGAGGCUGAUGAAGAGGAAAAACCAGCUGAAGUGCAACCAACAACUGCUGAUGAAGAACAGAAACCUGCUGCUGAAGAGGAAGAAGAGGCCAAGCCAACUCCUGCUUCGGAUGAGGAGCAGAAACCAGAGCUGGAUGAGAAAAUCGAAGAGGAACCAGUUAAGGCUGAUGAUGAGACGCCAGCUACUACGGCAGCCGCUGUCGCCAUGGAUGCCGAGAAGGAAAGCGAAGAAGAACCAGUCAAGGCUGCUGAUGAGACGCCUGCUACUACGGCAGCCGCUGUGGCCAUGGAUGACGAGAAGGAAAGCGAAGAAGAACCAGUCAAGGCUGAUGAUGAGACGCCAGCUACUACCGCUGCUGCUGUGGCUAUGGAUGCCGAGAAAGAAAGCGAAGAAGAACCAGUUAAGGCUGAUGAUGAGACGCCAGCUACUACCGCAACAGCUGUGGCCAUGGAUGCCGAGAAGGAAAGCGAAGAGGAGCCAGUCAAGUCUGCUGAUGAGACGCCAGCUACUACCGCUGCUGCUGUGGCUAUGGAUGCCGAAAAGGAAAGCGAAGAAGAACCAGUCAAGGCUGAUGAUGAGACGCCAGCUACUACCGCAGCUCCAGUGGCCAUGGAUGCCGAGAAGGAAAGCGAAGAAGAGCCAGUCAAGUUUGCUGAUGAGACGCCAGCUACUACCGCAGCCGCUGUGGCCAUGGAUGCUGAAAAGGAAAGCGAAGAAGAGCCAGUCAAGUCUGCUGAUGAGACGCCAGCUACUACCGCAGCUGCUGUGGCCAUGGAUGCUGAGAAGGAAAGCGAAGAAGAACCAGUCAAGGCUGAUGAUGAGACGCCAGCUACUACCCCAGCUGCUGUGGCAAUGGAUGCCGAGAAGGAAAGCGAUGAAACCGGAACACCAAGCGUGGAUGAGGUUCAGCCAACUCCAGAGCAGCCAAGUGAAUCUGAUGAAGUGGCGCCACCAGCUGCUACUCCUGUUGAAGCCGAUGAGGAACAAAAACCAGAAAUGGCCGAGCCAGCUACUACUGCAGCUAGUACUUCUGACGAUGCCGUCGAGGAAGAGAAGGAAGUCACGCCAGCAGCGCCGGUGGCCGAUGACAAGGACGAAGCAGCCCCAGAAAGCCACGAAGAAGAUGUGCCAGCCCCAACUACCUCAGCUGCUCCGGUAGAGAUUGCCAAGGAUGAAGUUCAGACUACGGUGGCUCCAGUCAAGGCUGAUGAAGCCGAGAAGGAACCUGAGAGCACGACAGUCGCAGCUGCAGAAAUCACAUCCGCGCCAGUUGUGCCAGCCUCUGAUGAAGAUAAGGAAGACGACAAGCCAGUUGCCCCAGUUCAGGAUGAGGUUCAGAAACCAGUUGAAGUUGAAACCCAAAAACCAGCUGAAGAAUCGCCAGUGGAAGCUGACGAGGAAGAUGACCUGCAGCAACAAGCUAAGCCAGUGUUUGACGACAAAGAAGACGAUACGCAGAAACCAGUGACGCCUGGCUAUGAGGAUAGCUACUUCCCAUCGAGCACUAAGAAACCAGAGAGCGACUCUCCAGCUCCAUCCUAUGGACCACCUGGAGGUUCGCAGUACGAUCCAGGAUACGGACACAUGCCACCACAUUAUCCACCAUCGUCGUACGAAGACGACUACACCGAUGAGGAAGAUCCAGCCUCGUUCGGACCGGGUACCUGCCGGUACGGUGGCAAGCUCUACGUGUCCGCCCAGCAAAUUCCACGGGAAGAUCCGUGCGACUUCUGCUUCUGCUUCCGCAGCGAUAUCAUCUGUUUGCAGCAGUCGUGUCCACCGCCAAUCAGCGGCUGCCACGAGGAGCCGAUCUCCGGCUUCUGCUGUCCACGGUACGAGUGCCCCGUCUCGAUGGCCACAGUGCUCAACGUUACGACCAGCACGACGACCACCACCACAACCCUGCCGCCGCACUUCCUAUCGCACGCCUACAAGGGCUCGGUGACGAAGCGCGGUUGCCAGAUCCAGGGCAAGGCCUAUCAGGUCGGCGAAACGGUAGCGUCCGCCAGCGGACCUUGCAUGCGAUGCUUAUGUGGCGGUGAUGGCCAGAUGAAGUGCGAACCCAAGGCCUGCAGUCCCGAGCCGAUGCUACAGCAGAUGAUUGCCGUGGCGGCGUCUCGAAGGCGAUGAAGCGUCUAGCCAGAGGAUAGCCAACAAACGAGCGAGCGUGCAAGCAAGAGAGAGAUUAAACAUGAGAGAGUGAGAUUGCGAGCGAAUACAACGUUAAAGAGGUAAUCUCACGUUAGAAUUCAUUUUUCAAACUAGGAAAACAGGAACUGUACGAUACGGGAUUAACCAGUAUAUAGGAAGGAGAUGCUACGGCAUCUCGUGGCGAGUGAUGGGAAGCGAUGAAGACGAUGGUAAAAAGAGAAAGACACGUCACACGAAGCAAAGUAGCUCAUUUUUCCAAAAGACUUGAUACAACAAUCACUCAUAGUUAGAACACACGCACACAUUCACACAUAGUAGACCAGACACUCACACAAACACCCGCGCAAACAGAUCAGUAUAGCCGAGACAACGAUUUCUUAGAUCCAAGGCUCACCUGAUUGACGGCGGCCAUUUUGGAAUCCGUUCAAUAUGGCCGACUUCGAUCUGGUGAGCCGGCAUUCUAAUUCUUUAUUUUGUGUACAGAACAGAAUUCUUUCGACAUGACAAACUGAGAAAAAUUCACAAACGAGAACUAAAAGCAACCAAAACCGUUAGGAAAUCACCGGAAAGUGAUCGUCGUGUCUCAUACAAUUACUUCUAGUCUCUCUGUUUUACGUUUUUUUAAUAGAAAGGAAUGGCAAUGGAAACGAAGCGAUAUGGAUUUAGCAAUGGGUCGUAGUAGAACACUCACUCACACCGUUAUAAUUCGCCGAAAUCUUGUCUUUUUUAACGUAGAUGCUUGUUUAAGCAGACAGCAAAAUCUCUGAUCAAAAUUAUGACGUGAAAAUCUAAACAUAAACACAAACACAAACACACCACACACACUCAUCGACACAUCGAACAGUUAUCCCCUCAGUGCGUUCUUGUAAGUGUAAAAACUAACCUCAAUGUGAAUGUUAUUUUUAUACAUGGAUAUGGAUAUGCAUUUCCGUUUUUUACGUGUUAAAUUUAUUAAUUUUUGAUGUAAUAGAACGUGUAGAAUACGAGUGCUCUGGAGUGUGAACGCGACGACGGUGCAUCGACUCGCCCCUCGUGCCAAACGCUCUUCUCUAUGUGUCAAUCGUUCCGUUUGUCAUUUUGACAGGACGGAGUGAAAACGCGCAAAUCUCACUGCAUAGGAAAACAAAUGAGAACAAACGAUGAUUUGAGACGUGUAGGAAUGAAUAGGAUUAAGAGACCAACUUUAGCUGCCCCCAUUUCUACCCUAUAAACUUCUUUGUUUAUUACCUCUCAAAUCCGAGCAACAGAGAAAGAUUCACUUCUGACAGUGUUACCAACGCCUACUCAGUUUCCAUGGUGAUAGGAUUGAGAGAGAGACACCCCCACUGAACUUUUCACUCAUUAGCAUCCCAAACGAACAAAAAAAGCACAAACGAAGACACGAGUUGUGAUAUGUAAUAUUAAAAUGAAAUCGAAACGAAAAAAAAUACUAACGUGUGCAUAUUCGGGUAUAAAUUAUAACGCACUCCAUCAAACCAGCACUGUAUUCAGAACGGAACAAAAACAAAAUUCAUCUUCGUUUUACAGUAAGUAGGCCAGGGUGAGUUACCAGGCCGACUGGAUCCGUCACAUGAGUUCCAUCGUCCGAAUCUGAUUCGGUCGCUAGAACCCGACGGCAUCUCCCGGCUUGGUCACUCACCCCCAAAAUAUCAAUAGAAUGGCAAACAAAAAUUUACCUUUUUCCGACUCUCUGGUCGUCUCUUCUCAUGUAUCCACUCACUACACAAACACACACUUUGCAACGCGGCUCACUUGGAUGAGUUCUCUUCUGAAAUCUUUUACACACUGAAACAUACACUCACACAAAUACAGACACUAUCGUUGAAAACAACAGAAUCGCGGGGGCGAGCAGAGAGCGUGAAAGAUGUAAAUAUUACUAAUUUAUAGAAAAAAAACGAUAAAAGUGAAUAAAACAAAAAAAGCGACACUAGGAUUUUAAAUACAUGUUUUUACAUUCGAGCUAAAGAGAACAGAGAAAACGGCUCGAAGUAAUUCAAAAUUAUCAAUUAAUUUAACUAAUUAGCAAGAAAGCUCAAAAUAAGUAAAAGAAGAGAGUAUUUUUUAUCUUAGUUUAUGUGUUUCUGUCACUUCUUUUUAUAUUUGUAUAUUUGCCAUAAUUUUAAUCAAUUUCAAAGCUAUACUUUUGCAAAAUUACUUUUCGAAGGUGACUCAAACUACUGUGGAAACGACACACAAGUAAAAACAAUCUAAGCAAUAUUCAAAUUUAGACCCACACAAAAAAAUCCCUUGCAAAAAGCGUGAAAAGACAUUAAGAAAAAGCAAACCGAGUAUUGAAAAACUAUCGAUUUAACUGUAUUACUUAGCUAUUAAUUUACUCAGAAGAAAAAAUGAGAGCAAGCUCAUGCAUAACUGUAGAUCCCAGGAAACAACAGCAACAGUGAACACAGAACCAGUGUUAGAAAACAAAAAAAAAAGUUAAGUCGACUGACAGUGACACGAGUCGUAAAAUCAACUGACAUAGCGUGCGUUGUGUGAGUGCCCGCCAAGAACACUCGAAACCGCACUCACACAAACGCGCCACCCCCCGAACAAGCUAGAGAGAAAAGAGAUCCAAUAAGCCUGAACCGGAGCGACAUUAGCUCGCCCGUGCCGUACCGAGUCGUCCCGAACUCGCUCCUCCCCGUGAGUGCCCUUCCCGCUUCACGGACGGUCACUCACGGUAUUUUUUAUUUAUUUUUACUAACACCGAAAGCGUUACUUUUCCCAAAUUGUUAUAAACUCUUCAGCACGCGACUGACGUGUGUCCCAGAAUAAGUAGCAGCGUUAGACAGUGUGAAAAUGAAUCAUGUUAUUUCUCCUUUAAAUUAUUAUUCAAAUUUUGUAUAAGUCGACGAGAUAGAGUUUGCAAGCAAUCAGGUGGAUUGCUUUCAAACUUUAUCUCCCAUUCCAAACGAUGACCUCUUCCGCUGUCUAAGAGAACUAAACAUAUAGAAUAACCCAAUUGCACACACAAAAGCGAGUAUAAGCAAUAACACACACAGACACUCUCACAGAGAAAACGGCAACGGCACGGCUGCGACCAGAAAUCUUGCUCGGGUUCAAAACCAGAAAGCGCAGGUUUUUUUUUAAUAAGAUCAAUCUAAUUUAUAGAAACAAAAGCACGCACGAACGCAAUCUCGAACUCUACUACUUCGAAGCUAGUGAGAAAUGUCCUUUUUGUUUAAUUUGUGUAACCCCUUAUCUGUUGAUGGGAAGGACUUUUCCUUGUUUCUUUUCGGCGCAAACAAAGAAGUGCACAAAAAAGUGCAAAAAUUUAUAGCGAAAGAACAACUGAAACAAAAAAAAAAACAAUGCGAACUUUUUUGGAAAGCAAAUUGAACAAAAUCAGCACACAGAAGAACAAAACAAAGCAAAAGAAAAAAAAAACAGACAGUAAAGACAGACGAAAGCGACGAAGAAGAAAGGAGGCAAAAGAAUAUGAGAAAAUCAGGAUAUUUUUAAGUGUCCUUUUAUACUGAAAUAAAAUUUUUACGUAAAAAUUGAAUAAAAAUAAA